GCGUAGGAUGAAAAUGAGAGAGGAUCGGGUUCUGCAGAGAAGUCUGAGCGUGAAGAUCCUGUCCUACCAACCUAAGAUUAUCACUGACACAAGGAGGAAAAUUGAAGAUCUCUGCAGGGAUCUUGUUGUGAACAAUGAUCAUAUCCAUGUUGUGGAGCAGAGGAUGAGGGUUGCUAUUGAUCAAGGACUCAGCUCCAGGUAUAAUGAUGUGGCUUCCGUUAAGUGUUUUCCAACAUACGUUAGAUAUCUUCCAUCAGGUGAGGAGGUGGGCCGAUUUCUAGCUCUGGAUCUGGGAGGAACUAAUUUCAGAGUGUUGGUGAUUGAUAUAAACGAUGAGAAGAAAUGCAACAUGGAUUCAAAAAUAUUUGCGAUACCUAAAGAAAUUAUGGAGGGUUCCGGGACACAACUUUUUGAUCACAUCGCUCAGUGUUUGGCAGAAUUUAUUGUCGAGAAGAACCUAAAAGAUGAAACCCACAGAUUGCCCCUGGGAUUCACGUUUAGUUUCCCCUGUAAACAGGAGGGGUUAGCUGUUGGUAGACUUACAACUUGGACUAAGGGAUUUAAAUGUUCUGGGGUGGAGGGGGAGGAUGUGGUCCAACUUCUUAAAGAAGCGAUAGGUAGAAGAGGAGAUAUUGAUAUAGAGGUGUGUGCAAUACUUAACGAUACAACAGGAUGUUUGAUGUCCUCGGCUUGGAAAAACAAGAAGUGCAGGAUCGGAAUGAUUAUCGGAACCGGAACUAAUGCGUGUUAUCUUGAGGAUAUUGAAAAUGUAGAGGUCUGGGACGGCGAUCAUGGGGAGCCUAAACAUGUCAUCAUCAACACAGAGUGGGGGGCGUUCGGAGAUCAGGGGGAGCUUGACUUUAUCAGGACCAAGUGGGAUAUGGCGGUUGAUGAGGGAAGUUUGAACCCGGGGAAGCAAACCUUUGAAAAGAUGAUUUCCGGGAUGUAUAUGGGAGAAAUAGUCAGACAGGUCCUGGUGGAUAUGGUUUGGGAGAAUCUGAUCUUCACGGACCAGAACACGGACUCCCUGUUUGAGUGGGGCGGGUUUAAGACCAAGUUUGUCUCCAAGAUCGAGGCAGAUCAGGUUGGGGACUACACCAAGUGCAGGAAGGUUCUGGCGGAGCUAGGGAUGCCAGAUGUAUCAGAGGAGGAUUGCUCUGCAGUAAGGUAUAUUUGUGAGCUGGUGUCUAGAAGAGCCGGGUUCAUGGCAUCUGCAGGAAUAACUGCUCUGCUGAAGAAAAUGGAUUACCAUGAUGUGGUGGUCGCCAUUGAUGGAUCAGUUUUCAGGUAUCAUCCGCACUUCCCAAACAUCAUGAAGUCCCGUAUCGCGCAGUUGAUGGGGGUUGAAUAUCAGUUCGACCUGAUGCUGUCAACAGAUGGGUCAGGUCGUGGCGCUGCUCUGGUAGCUGCCGUUCUUAAGAACCAGGAGGAGAAGAAGAACAAAUCAGAGGAGUAAAUAGAAAUCAUCCGUAUUUAGAAUUUAAAAAAAGA